AUGGGUCUCAAGUAUCUCACCUGUGCUGCGGCCAUCGUCGCCGCCGUGGUGCAUCCCUGGCUGGCAACCGCCAUCGAUCUUGAGCUCAACAUUACGACCCUGACCGGUGGCGAAAUCGAGUCGGACUGGACAAACAUUUUCUAUGCCAAGAACGAGCCGUUGCUGCUUGGAAACGACGGAGGGUCGGCCACGGGAGGUUUCCAUGCCUGGGAUCUGAACAGCGAUUCGCCGCUCUCCGAGGUCAAGACAAUAACUACUGGCCGAACAAAGAUCAUCACGACGGUCUAUAACGUCACCGGCAAAGACCUUGCAGUUACGAUCGCGAUGCCGGAUUCUGUCCUUCGCGUCUACGAACUCCCUGCCUUUACUGAAAUCGAGGCUGCGCAGACAACCAAGCUCGGAGAUUGGUCAGCCAUUUGCUCGUGGCGCAGCAAGAGCCUGAACGACUAUGUCUACCUUUUUGGGAAAACCCUGGCUGUGCAGUACCUCAUUCGUCAAGGGAAGAGUUCUAUUGAGCUGGUUGAGGCGAAGAUGAUUGCCACCGCGGAUGAUGACAAGGACAUCUAUAUCUUUGACCUCAAAGAAUCUACCAUUGCCCCGAAUGUCACCAAGCUUGGCGAAGCUUCGGAUGAUGUGACUGGUAUUGCCGUUUACGCCUCCAACUCCACUGGCUUGGACUACCUGUUUGUGGCCCAAGAAGACAGUAUUGCUGUUUACGAAUAUCCUUUUGAUCUCCUCGGCAACAUCAAGAUGACUGGCUUGGAGGACAUUGAGAUACAAGGCCUAAGUCUAUACCAAGGAUCUACUUCCAAAUACCCCAGCGGGGCACUCGGUUUUGCUGUCGAGGCGGAUGACGUUGCCGGCUUCGGUCUGAUGUCUUUGGAGGACGCCCUCAGUGAGCUAGGAGUGUCAGUCAACACUGCGUAUGACCCUCGUAAGCAGUCUGGAUGCCUCACUCACUCUAAAAUCUGUGACGUCUGCUCAGGCAAUGGCUACUGCCAGGAGAACGCGCUUGGUUGCGGCUGCUUCGCUGGCUUCACCGGCGACAAAUGCGACGUGUUUCAAUGCACAAACGACUGCUCUGGGCGUGGCGAAUGCGUUGGGCCCAACCAGUGCAAGUGUGAAAACGGUUGGGGCGGUCUUCACUGCUCGUUUCUUCUGGUCGAGCCUUCAUACGAGACUGACCAAAACGGAGGCGAUGGAGAUGAUCCGGCCAUCUGGAUUUCACCAGAGUCAGCGGAUAAAUCUCGCAUCAUCACCACGACCAAGUCAACCGUCGGAGCCGGUCUGGGUGUUUUUGAUCUCACUGGCAAGUUGCUCCAGACGAUCGCCGCUGCUGAACCCAACAAUGUCGACAUUAUCUACAACUUCCAAGCGGGUGAUCGAAAAGUCGACCUUGCAUUUGCUGCCUGCCGCGGAGAUGAUACCCUCUGGCACGUUGUUUUUCUUCUUACAAUUUUAUUUGAAAUGACGUCGAACGGCACGCUCAAAGAAAUUCCCGGCGGCAUCCAGCCUGUCGAGCCUAAAUACAAAGUCUAUGGAUCUUGUGUUUAUAGGUCUCCCAGGACUGGCAAGCAGUACCUGUUCGUCAACGCAAAAUCUGCUCGUUACCUGCAAUACGAGUUAACUUCGACAUCUAAUGGAACUCUCCAAACAACCCUUGUCCGCGACUUCACUGGUGGUUCUGGGGGGCAGGUGGAGGGAUGUGUAACCGACGAAGAUAACGGCUGGAUCUUCCUUGGCGAGGAACCGUCCGCUCUUUGGCGGUACGGCGCUGAGCCUGACUCGAAGGAGGAGGGUUUACGAAUUGCGUACGUGGGCGAUGGUCAGACAAACGCUGAUGUCGAGGGCGUCACGCUUGUUUACGGCGCGAACCCUACCCAGGGCUACGUGAUCGUCUCCAACCAGGGUGUCAGUGCCUACAAUGUGUACAGGCGUGCUGAGCCCCAUGAGUACGUGACUACUUUCACAAUCACUAAAUCUUCCGAUGGUCAAGUUGAUGCAGUGUCCAACACGGAUGGUAUCACUGCCAUCGGUACGCAGUUGGGCAAGGACUUUCCACAUGGUCUUGUCGUUACCCACGACGAUGCGAACCAGUUGCCCAAUGGCAGCACUAGUGCCGAGGCUAGCUUCAAGCUGGUUAGCUUGGAAAAGAUUCUUGGUUCAGAUGCACUCAAGUCACUCAACCUUUUGAAUGAUGUCGAUGCGAAUUGGGAUCCGAGGAAGUGA